AUGUCUUCACUCUUCCCACCCGCUCCAAAACCAAAAAGUCUUCUCGGCUUCCACCGUAUCCUAUCGGCCACGGCUGGCGUCCGAGUCUCACCACUAUGCCUGGGAGCAAUGAACUUCGGAGAUGCUUGGAAGAACGCCCUCGGUGAAUGCAACAAGGAGACUAGUUUCGCUAUGCUGGACUUCUUCUAUGAGAACGGGGGCAACUUCAUUGAUACUGCGAACAACUACCAAGCCGAAGAGAGCGAGACUUGGAUCGGAGAGUGGAUGAAGAAGAACAAUAACCGCGAUCAGAUGGUCAUUGCCACCAAGUUCACGACUGGUUACCGGACCAUGGGCGCCAAUGAGAAGAUCAAGUCCAAUUUCCAAGGCAACCACGCCAAAAGCUUGAGGGUAUCGGUCGAGGCCAGCUUGAAGAAGUUACAGACCGAUUAUAUCGACCUAUUGUACCUCCAUUGGUGGGAUUUUACGACUUCUAUCCCUGAGCUCAUGAACAGCCUUCAUCAGCUUGUCAUGGCUGGCAAGGUGAUCUACCUCGGGAUCAGCGACACGCCCGCCUGGCUCGUUGUCAAGUGCAACGACUACGCUCGUUUCCAUGGUCUCACUCAGUUCUCUGUAUAUCAAGGGCACUGGAGCCUCGCCUUCAGAGACUUCGAAAGAGACAUCAUUCCGAUGUGUGAAGCGGAGGGCAUGGGUAUUGCUCCUUGGGGAGCUAUUGGUCGUGGACAGCUCAAGAGCAAGGAGGAAUUCGAUGAUCCGAAUCGAGAUGGUCGAAAAGCGGCUCCUCAGGGCGAGAAAUAUGCCCGCUUAGCUGGUAAGCUCGAUGAACUUGCCAAGAAGAAGAAGACUGCGGUCACCAGCAUCGCUCUUGCAUACGUAAUGCACAAGGCUCCUUAUGUCUUCCCCAUCGUGGGUGGCAGAAAGGUCGAGCACCUCAAGGGAAACAUCGAAGCUUUGGGAGUCGAAUUGACCCAAGAGGAGAUUGACGAUAUCGACGACUCGGAGCCGUUCGAUGUUGGAUUUCCUCAGAGUUUCCUGUUCCCUGGAAAGCCGUACAGGACUCACUUCACUGCAAACGACCUUCCCCUUGUCACAGCUACCACGCCGCUGGAGACGGUUCAAAAGCAGUUGCCAAUUCAACCCAGACAGGGCGAGAAGAAGCUCACGCUCAGUUAA